UCGCACAUUCGCACUUCCUUCACGAGAGCGCGCGUUCAUGGUUCAGUCUGACGUGAGCGCGCCGUGCCACUCACACACACAUUUUACCUCACAGAUGGAGUUUCUCAUCGGCAGCGCGUUUUCGUCUCCUGUCGGACAGCGGAUCCAGAAGGCCACCAGCGCCGCCCUGCAGACGGAGGACUGGAGCCUCAACCUGGAGAUCUGUGACAUCAUCAGCGAGACCGAAGACGGGCCCAAAGAUGCAGUGAAGGCUUUAAAGAAGAGGAUUGUGGGUAAUAAGAACUUCAGGGAGGUGAUGCUGGCUCUGACCGUUCUGGAGACGUGUGUGAAGAACUGCGGCCAGCGCUUCCAUGUGUACGUCUGCGCUAAAGAGUUUGUGGAGGGCGUCCUGGUCAGAUCGAUCCUGCCCAAAUACAACCCUCCCAUGAUCCUCCACGACCGAGUGCUGAGCCUCAUCCAGGCGUGGGCCGAUGCCUUCAGGAACAGUCCGGCUCUGUCUGGAGUGGUGAGCGUAUAUGAGGAUUUGAGGCGGAGAGGCCUGGAGUUCCCCAUGACGGAUCUAGACUCUCUCUCUCCCAUCCACACACCCAACCGGAGUAUUCCAGACAACGGGACGUCUCCCUCAUCCGUGUCUCCGUCUGCUUCCAGGACACGCACUAACUCGUCACCAGCGGCACACACUCCUCAGUGCGUCCCAUCCAACGGACAACUGACCCCUGUGUCAGCUGAGGAGAAGCAGAAGCUGAGAUCUGAACUGGAUCUGGUCAAAGGAAAUCUGACCGUCAUGACUGACAUGCUGAAUCACGUCCAACCUGGAGAAACUUCAGCAUCGGACGCAGAACUGCUGCAGCAGCUGCAUUCGGUGUGUAAGCAGAUGCAACAGAGGGUUGUGGAGUUGAUUCCUAAUCUAUCAGAGGACGAGAUGAUCGGAGAACUUCUGCUGAUCAAUGAUGACCUCAACAACGCGUUCAUCCGCUAUGAGAGGUUUGACCGCUUGAACACGCAGAAAUCACACACAGAAGGACAGCAGGAAUCGCAGACUGAGAAUGGAAACCUUAUUGACCUCAGCCCUGAGUCUCCAUCACCCAAUCAGAACACUCCCCCAGCUGUCAAUCAACACGGGCCCCGCCCUCCAUCUGACCUCACAAACCGUUCAGCGCCUGAAGACGAGGAGUUUGACAUGUUUGCUCAGACGAGGAGCAGUUCUCUGGCCGAACAGAGGAAGAGUGUUCGGUACGAGGAUCCGGGUGCAGUGGACGGUCUGGCUGAAGCUCUGGACACGCGACUGCAGGUGACGGCAGGGGACGGCGAGAGCGACUGGGUCCGUCAGUCUCAGUGGAUUUACAGUGAGGGUCUGGCUCCGGCUCCACGCAGCUCCGCCAUGGAUGACAUCGAGAGGUGGUUGUGUGCAGAGAUGCCUGACGUUGAUGAGAGUGAGGGUGUGACCAGUGAAGAGUUUGAUAAGUUUUUAGCGGGCAGAGCUGAAGCUGCAGAUCAUCUUCCCUUGAUGAAUAACGUCUCGUCAAGCCCUCGACAGGCGACGCAGGAGCAAAGCCACGAGCACAUCUUCACGCUCUGAGCAUCACACAGGAAGUCCCGAACGCAUCACUUCCUGUGCUCAAAUCCUCAUGGUCCUUAAGGAAGACUCCCACUGCAGAUCCUCAACUUCAUUUCACAUUUCACAGAGAGUGUGUGUGUGUGUGUGUGUGUGAGAGAGAGAUUGUGUUUGUACCUUUUGACCACUCAUAAAAACAACCAAUAAGCUGUUUGUUGCAUUUGUAAGUUAAUUUGUAUUAACAUGUGUGUAUUCACUGAGUGUAAAACGCAUUAAUUUAUGUUGUGAAUUAACCGUGAUGAUAAGAAUGACUUGUCUUACCUCUGACUGAAUAAAUAGACAUUAUAAUAUUCA